ACAACGGCUGUAACUCGGUAGUCGGAAAGUCGUUGCUACCUUUUGACAGGCUUCUGAGGAUCGGAGAAAUGUAUAAAAGAUUAUCAUCGCAGUGCUGGACAUCAUUCGCUCUUUUGUGUUCCACGUAACCGAACCUAAUUCAUCAACAAUGAAAUCGAUCAUUUUCCUCGCACUUGUGGCCAUCGCCGCCGCCGCCCCAGUCGACAAGGAGCCCCCAACCAUCGUUAAGUCUGCACUAGUGCAAGAACCCCAGGGUCCAUACAAUUUAAGCUUCGAAACUUCGGACGGCAUUAGCCGUUCUGAGAUUGGCGAAUUAAAGGAGGUAUUGGAUGAGGAAGGCAAGCCCCGCACGGUGGUCGUCGUCAAAGGAACUUACUCUUACCCCAACGAGUUUGGUGUACUCGAAACCAUUGACUACAUCGCCGAUGAAAACGGAUUCCGCGCUGAAGGCCCAUCUAUCCCCAAAGAACCCGUACCCGCUAGACGAUAAGAAUCAAUUGACUAAAUAGCCUUCAAUGUAUAAUCAAUACAAUCGGUUGUUACUCUUUGACUUGAUUAUUCAUUGAUUAGUUAUAAGAAGAAUGAGAGUACUUACGGCGAUCAGAUAGUCGCAGCAUCCAGUCCUAAGCUUGUUAAAAUCUGUCGCUCACUGCCAUAUUUUUGUACCUAUCUUGUAAUAAUUGUUUGUUAUCGAUGUGAUCUUUAGUACAAAUAAAGUUCAUUGACUGUA